AUGGAUGCAUUCUCAUUAAAAGGAAAAAGGCUGGAUUUUUAUGAAAGAGCUGACACAUAUGUAAGCCUGACCAAAAGCAUUCCUGAACUCAGUCGAUUCACAGCAUGCAUUGACCUGGUAUUCGUGAAUGGCAAAUCAAGUGAUUGGAUGGCUUUCUCCUAUAUUACUAAUAAUAUGAGAGAGGACAUAGACCUUGGACUUGCAGGAGAUCAUCAGCACUUAAUACUAUACAACUUGGGCAAGACCUUUUAUAUCCGUUACCAUCUGACUCCAUUUCAAUGGCAUACAGUAUGCUUGAUAAGGGAUGGUGUGAAGGGCAGAUUAGAGCUUUUCCUGAAUAAAGAAAGGAUACUGGUAAUGAUGAAUCGACCUCAAAACCUGACACCUAAUGGGACUCUGGUUCUAGGACAUUUUCUUAAGAACAGGGACAUACAAAUUAAAAGCAUGGUGCCUCCCUUCACUGGCAGCUUGUACUACUUUCAACUCUGGGACCACAUCCUGGAAAGUGAGGAAUUUAUGAAGUGCUUGGGUGGAAACGUAGUUAGUUGGGAAGAGGAUGUUUGGCUCAUCAACAACAUCAUUCCAACGGCUGACACGAGACUGCGCUGCUUUGUUUCAGAAAAUAUGACAAUUGAAGAAACAAGUACAACUCUUUCACAACAAAUAGAUUCAACAAACCCAUCCCAAGUUACUGGACUAAAACCACAGAAGACUGUAUAUUCUUCUACAAUGAUGUCUAAAAGCAUGCCUGUAUUUGAAACUGAUUAUACAACCAUAUCAUAUUCUAAUAAAACAUCUCCACCUCUGGAAACAAUGACUGCACCAAAAUUUUUAAAGACAUACAUAGUUGAGACAGUUACAUUUGCAGCAGACAUUUUGUCUACUUCAGCAGCCAUUGUUCUACCUACCAAGAAUACUUUCAUAGGCACUACUACCAAGUCCACAAAAACAACUGAAUCCCCAUCUUCAGAGAGCACAAUGACAACUAAAAGGACUGGAACCAUUGUUACUGAGACUUUUCAUCCAACUACAGCUACUAAUUUUCUAUACACAUCCGGAUUUACCAAGAAUUCAAUUGUAUCUAAAACUUCAGUGAUUGGAUCUCAGGCGGCUAUUAUGAAGACAAUGUCUUUAUUCUCAUCUAGUGAGUCAGCAUCCAUGUCUACAAUAUCUUGGCCCAAACACAGAUCCACAAGCAUUAGAGUACUCCCUAGCUCUACAGCUAGCCAGGAGUUUCUUGCAUCUACAGUUGCUAGAACUGUACCUUGGUCCACGGUGAGACAGACUUCUACUCACAUUGGGACUGCAUCAGCAUUUCCACCUGAGUCUGUGCUUAUAUCCACAGCUGCUCCAGUGGAUACUAUAUUUCCUAGAAAUCAGACAGCAUCUACAUUGGCAACGACUGAUAAGGAACUGUCAUUCACAGUUCAUUCAAUGACACUCCCAACUAAGCCUAUUGAGAUGACUCCUGAGCUAAGAACAGCUGAAACAAAAUUGACAUCUACAAAUUUCCAGGAUAUCUCUUCACCCAGAGUGGAGGAUACAAUAUCUAUCUCCAUGCCAAAAGAGGCAUCCUUUACAUCCCUUUCUUUCAAGACAUCCUCUUCAUUCACUGGAGCCCAGAGUACACAGACAGUUAUUGAUGCUGAGACUACACAUAGAGCCUUGACUCCUGGAAUCACACUUGCACAUACAGCUGAAAAUAUGCUUCCUCCCACAGUGUCUGGGCCAGUAUAUACCCAUAAUACACCCACAGGUGGUGAAAACACGUCGUCUUUGAUUUCCACUAGACCACCUUCUACAUUCAAGGCAUCUGAGUCUGGCCCCACAUCAAGUGAUGAAGGUGCCCUUCUAUUCACUAGUGAGGUCACUUGGACUUCCAGACCAGGCCAGACCCUAUUGACAUCAGUAUUCCAUGGCAAUACUUCUAACACAGAACAUUCAUCCACAACUACUAAUAUUAUCCCAACAGAAGCAUUCACAGAAAGUGAGACUACGACUACCACUGAUGGUAUUAUUACUACUGAUGCCAUUAUUGACAGAUAUACAACAGCUUUAUCCAAUUUGACAUUUCCAUGGUUGGUUAAUUUCUCCAUAGUUUCUGGAACCACAUCUGUAACCAAACUGCCUGAGUUUAAACUUUCUACCUUACUACUAAGAACCACCCCUGUGUCCACAGUAGUUGGAAAUGAACUUCUUUCAACACCAAGGAAGACAGUUGUUCCACCAGGACAUAUAGUAUCUACCCUUCCUGAUAUUAAGCCAAAUUUUUCUACUGAGGAGAGUGCUUCUGAGACCACACAAACAAAGAUAAAAAGUACAAUUGCAUUUGGAAAGACAACAAUCCCUUUUCCAGAGUCUGCAACAACACCAAGAUUCAAUGCUACUGUGACAAGGAAAGAAACAACUUCCCAUUAUCUUAAGGGAAGAUCAACUAUAGCAGCAACAACUAAAGUUUCUCCAUUUGUAACAAUGCUGGAAGCAACAAAUGAGUCUGUACAAGUGUCAGCUAAUGUCACCGUUACCCCUUUUCCUGACUUAGAAAUGUCGACUACCCCAUUGUAUAAUAAAACUGCAACUACUGAGGUGAGAGGAAGUUGGCUUUCUCCAAAAUCAAUGAAAACCACACCUAAGACUUUAUAUGAUGGAACUACAGAAAUUUUUAAUUCCACCCACACGUACACAACAAACUGGAGUUCAGAGACUCCACCUAAAAGGAAUCCAACUCCAUCUCCCACUUCUGGGAGCACAAAGACAUUCCCUGAACCCCUGGUUUCUUCUACCACAAGGAUAUUGGAGAGCAGUUUUGCUACUAUCCCUACAGACAGGAUAGCUAUGUCCUUGUCUACUGGUAUCUUGCCUCCACAGCCUACAACUACUCAUUCCUCAGCAUCUCCUGGGCCUAUUAGCCAUAUUUCCUCAUUGCCACUUAAUGUCUCUGGAGUCACCUCUAUCGUGGUGUCUGAGGAGACUAUGUCUGAACCUUCUGCACUAGAGAUGGCUUCUUCCACAUCUGUACUCUCAGAUGUCUCAAUUCUGUCAUCAGGUACAGUGACCACAGCAUUGGUGCCACCAAUGGAUCAGACUGCUUUCACAACAAGCAAUAGCAUGUCUACCCACAGAGACUUGAUUCACACCACUUUAGAAGCCACAGCAAACUCUGUCAGGAUGACACUCACAGAAAUAUCCUUUCUGACAGAAACUCCAGACUCUUCACUGAGACCUACCACUCCUGUGGAAACUAAGGCUAAGACUACCUUUCUCUUCACCUCAGCUGACACAGUAACUUCAUACACACCCACUCUUGCUUGCUCUAAAUCUCUCCCUGACAAUAUUUCUGUUGUGUCCUCCACUCAUAUGAUCUCAAUUAUGUAUACACCAGUAGCAAUUCAGCCCAUAUCUUGAUUAGAGGAGACUUCUAACUAUGCUUCCAGCUUUCCACAUACUUUCAGUGGUAGUGGACAUGUUGUUAGCCUGGUUACUGACACCACAGAGACUUAUGUUAUUGAUGAGACCAUGCCCUCACACACCUCUGCCAACAAGCUUACUACUUCAGGUAGUCACAUUUCUUAAUUUUCCACAUGUCUUAUAAGCACACUGGUCCCCACCCUAUAAGUAUCUGACAUUGCUACCUUGUCUUUUGACAAAGAGCAGAUAACCACCUCCCUAGGAAACACCUCUGGAACUAUGGAGGUGACAGAAAUGUCUCCAUCAAAGAGUCCUUUUAUUUCGGAGUCCCAGACUACUUCAUCUUUGGAAAUGACAGACUCAGAAUUUGCUGAGACAACAAAAAUUUCAAGUCAUCACACACAUUCACCUUCAGAGAUUCUAUUUGUGACUCCACCUGAUUGGAUUUCAGCUUUAUCUCCCACUUCUGGGAGUGCACAGUCUACACCUACCACCUGUACCUCACCUAACACACAUGUUGACAUUUCAGAAAUGUCUACCAGUCUUGGGAAAACAGCUCUCCCUUCACAACCUCUGACAAUUACAUUUUUCUUUCCUGAAAAAGAAAGCAUGAGUGCCUUUUUAGUAUAUACUCCCAGGAUUGAGAACAUGACAGUAAGCAACACCUCUGUGGCUCACCCUUUCUCAUACCACUAAAAUACUUCCUUUGUAGAUACUGUAACUUCCAGAACAACCAGAAUAUCAAAUCCUAUAAACAUAAACACAACCCUUUCACAUUUGCUUUCACCCAGGACUAAACCUGAGGUGACUUCAGCUGCCUCUCCCAUUUCUGAAAAUACACAGACCUCCCCUGAUCCCCUGUCUCUUUCUACAACUGGACUAUCUAGUGCCAAUUUUACAAUUAUCUCUACUGAUGGGAUUACUACAGUCCUUUCUGCUCCCAGGGUAACUAUGGCACUUCUUGGUAAAACCUCUAUGGCAACAUCCAUUCCUAUCUAUCAGAUGUCCUCACUGCCAAUUAGUGUCACUGCCUUCACCUCCAAAAGAGUUUCUGACACUUUAACAACAUCGGUGACCAAAUCUUCUAAAACAUCACACCCAGAUUGUUUGAAAAGUCCCUCUAUAACCACUUCUGGGCCUGAGUCUGAGAUGUCUUCAAUGUUAGUUCAUGACUCUGCUUUCUCACCUCUAGCUGUUUCUUCUGAUACUUUCACAACAGUUGGAUCAUUCUCUACUUUAUUAUGUUCAAUUACCCCCAGUACUACUAUGAAUGUACAAACAUCUACAUUGGAUGUCACACCUGUGACACAUGCUGGGCCUACUUCAAAAAGCACAAUGAUUUCCUCUACUUCAUAAAUUACAGAGAAAUACUCCAUGAUCAUACCUACAUCCUUACCCUCUCCAACAGAGCCACCUUAUUCUUCCAUAAAAACCAUCCCAACCACUCUUAUUGCUGGGGCGGUGACUCCAUUUUUAGGCACCACUGCCUCCUUUCUACUCAGUUCUAAGAACACUGAAGUUAUUUCUUCCAUUCCAAAAACCACAUUUUCACCAUUUCUAUCAACACCACCACAGUCAUCCCAAGGAGAUGAGGCUACAACUCUGCGCAUAUUAUCUGUGCUUACUAAUAGCUCCCUAUCUACUGUAAGCAGUGGUAGAGCAAUAAUUCUCACAAAUACUUAUUCCAGAAUUGCUGCUCCUAAAAGUGUGGUUUCAUCUACUCCUUCAGAUAAUCUUCAUGUUUCCUUGAAUAUUCAGGUUUUCCUAUCUUUGACCAGCUUUAAUAGCACUACUGGACCCACAAAAAGUAUAAAAGCCAUGACUUUCCUUUCUUUAAAUACAAAAAAAAAAACUUCCUUAUCAGAAAAUACUUCAAAUGCUGAACUAACAAAAGGUGCCACAUCUGUGAAUUCCCCUGUUUCAUACAAUCCAUGGACUUCAUCCAAUGCAACUCUUCCCUCUUUUACACCAUUUCUUUUUUCACCUCAUAGCACUAAAGCCAAGUUCUCUACUCCAUAGAUUUAUCUUUCUCCAACAUCCCAAAUGGUUGAGUUUCCAGCUGGGACAAAAACCACAUCUAGUAACACCCAGUCUCUGCUUAUAACUUCCUGGAACACACCCAUAGCUGAAGAUUCUCAAUUUCCAACUUAUGCCACUACUCAUGUACCUACACCCAACAAGAUGGAAACAGACUCGUAUGUUAUUCCUGGGUCUUUGUCAACAUUCACAGCCUCACAGACUGGUCUUCUAUCUGGAGAUGUUAUGGCAAUGUCAUCAAUUUCCACAUCAGGAAUUCUUCCUACCUUGGAGAAUUCUGAGAGCCUUUCAUUAUCAAUAUCUUCAAGAUCUACCCCUACCACUUUGGUUGACAUUAAACAGACAUUUGAGAAAUCUGUAACUGCAGGGACCACACCCCCAUCAAAUCCUUCUGGUGCCACUUCACAAUCUAUAAUUUCAAAAGCUACUACUACAAUCCUAAUACACUGGAUAUUAUCUAGUCUCUCUUCACAUUCCCCUCUGGAAACUGUUUCUAUUACUCCUCACAUUAUAACUUCCUCUAAAAUAGAGGUACCAAAAUCUACAUUUCUGACUUCUGACAUAAUACCGACAUACCCAUUUGUUAACCUUACAACACUACCCUUUGCUACCGUAAACUCCAUACUCACUAAAACCACUCUUACAGCUACAGUGGGUGGUAUCACUACUGGUUUCCCAACUUAUCUACCUAUGUCUACAAAAAUCACAGAUGACAUUGUAUACAUUUCCACAUCCCCAAAGCCUUCUUCCAGAACCACUGUGACUGCCAACUCCAGGACUAUGUCUCAAUCUUUAUCCAUUAGCAGAAUGAGUAGUUUACUUCCUACAAAUGAUCUAUCUAUUGGUUCCAUGCCUCUGCCUAACCUUACAAUAACCUCUAUGUGGAGCAGAAUCACAGCUGCGUCAGCAUCCCCCACUUUAGAUUUUCCUAAGCCCACACUGGAUUCCCUUCCAAAUAUAACAACCACUACAUCCAUGGCUACUGAAGUACAUCCACUCUUAUCUACAGUAACACAUCCUUCUACAGAAAUUUUAUCUUUAUUACUCUUUUCCUCUUUUGAGACAUCUUAGCUGGACUUCACACCUUCCUUUAUGUCUAUAGAAACAUUGACUUCACCUAUUGCCACUGAGUUCACAGUUUCUUUCUACAAUAUUGGAAUGAGCUUCUCUGUCUUUGAUGAAGAGCCAGUGAUCCCUUUUACCAGUGUUGUAAAUGAAUUAGCAGAAAAUUGGCUGAAUUCUGUAUUUCAGGACAGUGAAUUUACUCUCACUAAUCUGGCUAUUCAAAUUAAAAGCAGUUUGGAACAGAGAGAAGAGCAAGAGAUGUCUACAAUUUCCCAUGUACAAUACAGCUGUGUUUGUCAGGUCAUCAUAAAGGCCAAAUCUCCUUUAGUACCCACUGAAUUGAUUAACAGGAUCAAAAGUAAAAUACAUGGUAACCUGAGUCAUGGAAACUUCACACAAGAUCAAUUGACAUUAUUGGUAAAGUCUGAACAUGUUGCAGUGAAAAAACUAGAGCCGGGAAAGUGCAAAGCCGAUGAGACAGCCUCUAAAUACAAAGGAACAUAUAAGUGGCCCUUAACCAAUCCUACUGAGACAGCUCAAACUAGAUGCAUAAAAAAUGGGUCUGGAAAAGCUACUAGAAUCUGCUCAAUCAGUAUCGACACUGGCAAAUCUCAGUGGGGAAAACCAAAGUUUAAACAAUGCUACUUGCUUCAAGACCUUUCUAAUAAGAUUGUGGAUCUUGCUAAUAUUACUAUCAGUGAUGAGAAUGCAGAUGAUGUUGCCAAGCACAUUUUAAAUUUGAUAAACGAAUCUCCCUCUCUUGAUGAAGAAGAAACAAAGAUUAUUGUUUCUAAAUUAUCUGAUAUUUCACAAUGUGAUGAUAUAAGUAUGAACCUAACCCAGAUUAUAUUACAAAUAAUUGAUGUUGUUUUGGGAAAGCAAAACAAUUCCGUAUCUGAUCUGCAUGAAGUCAGCAAUGAAAUUCUGAGGAUAAUCAAGCGUGCUGGUCACAAGAUGGAAUUUUUUGGGAGGACAGCAAAUCUGACAGUGGCCAGCCUAGCUUUGGCUGUCCUGCGGAUGGACCACACAUUUGAAGGCAUGGUCUUCAGCAUUCGCUCCUAUGAAGAAGGUACAGGUCCUGAGAUUAACUUAAGUGAAAUCCCUCUGAAGAGAAUUUUGGCUUCCAUAUAUUUGCCUAAAUCACUGAGGGAGAGAAUUCCUCUUAGCAACUUACAGACCAUCUUGUUUAAUUUCUUUGGCCAAACUUCACUCUUUAAGACCAAAAAUGUCACUAAAGUAUUAACCACAUAUGUUGUGAGCGCCAGCAUUUCAGAUACAGCUAUUCAAAACUUGGCUGACCCAGUAGUUAUUACUCUACUGCAUAUUGAAGGAAACCAGAAUUAUGAUCAAGUUCAGUGUGCCUUUUGGGACUUUGGUAAUAACAAUGGGCAAGGUGGAUGGAAUUCAUCAGGCUGUAAAGUAAAAGAAACAAAUAUAAAUUACACAAUCUGUCAUUGUGACCACCUCACCCAUUUUGGAGUCUUAAUGGAUUUAUCCAGGUCUGCAGUGGAUACAGUGAAUGAACAGAUAUUAAUGCUUAUAACAUACACUGGAUGUGGAAUCUCCUCAAUUUUCCUAGGAAUUGUGAUGAUGACAUACAUAGCUUUUCACAAACUUCGAAAAGAUCAUCCUUCCAAAAUCCUGAUCAAUUUGUGUACCGCACUACUGAUGCUAAACCUGGUAUAUCUAGUCAAUUCUUGGACAUCAUCAUUUCAGACAGAGGGACUUUGUAUUGCAGCAGCAGUGGCACUUCAUUACUUCCUGCUUGUUUCUUUGACAUGGAUGGGCCUGGAGGCAGUCCACCUGUAUUUUGCUCUAGUUAAAGUCUUCAACAUAUACAUUCCCAAUUAUAUCCUUAAAUUUUGCCUAGUUGGUUGGGGGAUUCCAGCAAUUAUGGUGGCAAUCAUACUCAGUGUGAAGAAAGAUCUGUAUGGAACUCUGAGCUCCACAUCUCCAUUCUGUUGGAUUAAAGAUGAUUCUAUCUUUUACAUCUCAGUUGUGGCUUAUUUUUGCUUCAUAUUUCUUAUGAAUUUCUCCAUGUUUUGCACUGUUCUUGCUCAACUGAAUUCCAUGAAAUCUCAAGGCCAGAAGACUUGGUGGAAGAUGAUCCUGCAUGACCUCAAAGGCACAACAAGCCUGACAUUCUUACUUGGCCUCACCUGGGGGUUUACCUUUUUUGCUUGGGGACCUGUGAGGAUCUUUUUCUUGUAUCUUUUUGCAAUUUUUAAUACUUUGCAAGGAUUCCUCAUUUUUGUGUUCCACUGUGUGAUGAAGGAGUGUGUGCGGGAGCAGUGGCAGAUACACCUCUGUUUUAGGUGGUUGCAAUUGGAUAACUCUUCUGAUGGGAGCAGCAGGUAUGAGCUAAAUGUUGGGUAUAAACAGAAAAGAGUGAAGAAAACUUUUGAGCAAAAAUUGUUGACAUCAUCCCUCAAGUCAACUGCAAGUAGUUCCACUUUCAAAUCUUUUGGCUCCACACAAGGCACGCCUUCAGAAAUAAGCUUUCCAAAUGGCGACUUUGAUGAAGAUCCCUACUUUUCUCCCUUGAAUUGUGAUGUUGUGCCUAAUUGUGUGAAAAGAAUGUUACCUGUGGAAAUCAAAAUGAAUUCUAUUCACAAACAAAGAUUUCUUCAAUAA